UUUUACAUAGAUGAUAUAUUUUAUUCGACCAGCUUUUCAAUAAUCGCAAAUUCUCCGUUUAAAUACCAAUAAGAAUAUAAUUAAAUAAAUAUCUAGAUGGAUAUAGAUGAUUUGGAUAUCUAUGAUGAUUUGGAUACAUUUCAACAGGUUGAAGAAAAGAAAAGCGCCGAACUACUUUCAUUGGAGUCGAAGUACAAUGAUUCCUUGAAAACAAAUGAAGAAUUGCAGAAGGAAAAUGCAGACUUGAAAAAACAGUUAAAGCGUUUAAAUACAAAUUUUCAGAAUUUGCUAAAUACAGCAAAGGCAGAGAUUAAUCGCAAGGACAAGCAAAUUGAGCGAUUACACAAAGAAAAAGAUGAUAUCUGUUUCAGAAGGAAUCAAAGGUGGAUGGAAUCAGCAGACGUUGCUAGCACUAAUAUAAACCAUAGGAAUAAAAACUUAGAUGCGCGCAUUUUAACACAGAAUUCCAAAACCCAAUUUAACCACAAUAUAGAAAAUGAUACAAUCCAGGUGCCUUGUAUUGCAGAGCGUAAGGUAUCGGACGUAGGUACGAAAACCUCAUUAGACGCGUACGCACGCAUGCGCGAGGAAUCUCACAAAUCUGCGCGGCGAGAUAAAAUAUCUGAGCGAAGGAAUGAAAGUCGUUCAAACCACGAAGAAGACUCCGGCCGACGUCAUAUGCAAAGGGAAGAACAUAAGCUCAUGAGAUACAAGGAACAUAGUAGGGAGCGUGUAGAAAGUGGGCACCACACCACAAGGGACAAUAGUCACAGCUAUAAGAGCAGAUCAAGAGAACAUGCUCGUGAGGAAAAGCGCGACAGCAGAAGUAAUCGUAGCUAUUCGGAUUCCAAAGAAAGAAAUGCUUACAGUAAUAAAAGCGAAUAUAGUGGUAGCCGGCAACAUUCCUAUGAUACAAAAGGCAACAAGGAAAGACAUGGCAGUGGAGAUAGAUCAAGAUCCGCAUAUACCGAAACAAGUCGUGAAAGGCACAGUGGCAGCAAAAGAACUUGUGAGGAUUCAAAGACACCAACCACCUAUGACGAUAAUAAGGCUUAUAAAAAACGGAAUAAUUCGGAUAAGAAUACAACUGACAAGGUGGUUAAAGCGUCGGACGAUAUCGACCACCAGCAAAACAAUCUUGUGAAAUCGGCAAAAAAUGUCGAAAGCACAUGCGAAAACACAAAACUUGCGUCCAUAAAAAAAAUCGAUGAAAAUGGUAGUGAUCCACAAGAGUUGAAUAAAACGAGCACACAAAAUAAAAUCCUUUUUGAGGAACUGGGCGCAAACCAAAAUUCGUACAAUAUUGAAGAAAAACCAGUAGAAGAAAAUAGUCUGACAAAGGAAAAUUUGUUGGCGCUGGGAACAGAAACUUGCGAAAAGUCAAAUUGCAAGAUGACUACAGAUGGGAAGAUUUCGCCACAGGUGACAGUUUUGUUUGAAAAACUUUUUGGAAGUUCGCCAAGCAGGAAGCAAAGUGUGAACUAUUCUUUGUUAAGUAACGCAAAGUUGGAGAACAGCAGCAGUUCGACAACAACUUCGCCAAGCAAAUAUACCGAUUCUAGUGAACAGAUUGCGCCAACUUCGAAAAAUAGUUUACCAAAAUCGGAGGCUGAUGAAUGUUUUGUACCGAUUAAAGGUAGUGAGCCAGAGAAGAGUUCUCUCUCUGAUAGAAACAGGGAAAUACAAAUUAGUGAAGAAAAUUCGGAUGGCACUACAACUAUGUCGUCCAAUAGUGCGAACGAUAUCGCAGAAACUGAAGUAUCAGCGCUCAUUGCACUGUCCGAUGAUGAAAUUCAAACUGAAUUUCCAAAUGAUGGGGAAAGAAAUGAUACGACUGAUGUGAAGUCUAGAGACGAAUCGACGUUUGAAGGGCCGACAAACGUGGUAUUAGCUGGUAGUGGUGGCCGGAUAGAAACUUUGCAGGAUACACGCCUACCAAAUAUAUACGAAAUACGGGCACUACAAAGGCGACUCAAAGCAGAGGCAGCAAAGCUUGUCAAAAAUUCAAAGCUAUUUGGGAAGACCUCAAAACUAUCUGUAAAGACUUCAAAACCAUCUUUGAACACUACAAAACUUGCACUGAAGACUUCAGAAAUAAGCAUUAAAAAGACAGAAAUGACUUCCAAUACGAUAGCUGCAAGCUUCAUUAAUCCUGAGGAGAAUUGUAAAGAUGCUGAAUCACAAAACCAAGGCGUUAAAUCCGAAUCUCUUCUAGAUACAACCAAAAACUCUUUGAGCAACCCACUAGAAGGAAGCGUUGUAACGGAUGCUGUCGUUAUUGCUAAUGACAAGAAAAAGGAAAUAGGAAUUACUAACAGUUAUAUUACCGAAGAGGAAAGUGGUGACUUUGCGAAGAAGAAGCAGCACACAAAUACGGAAUCUGAAAGUAUUGUUGAAAAUCCUGCCAUCGCAAAGAGUGCAACAACCGAUUCUAUUAAAAUAGAGCAAGAGAUUUCUGUUUGCAAAAUUACAGCUGAGAAGCUUGCAAUCACAAAUAAAAAAGAAACGAAUGUUGAUGAAAUGCAGUCUCGUUGUCAAACACCAGCUAAUAAAUCUAUUGUCUCAAAUAAAACUGAAGCUGAAGCAAAUGAUUCGUAUAAAGUGAAGUCUAAUCGUCAAAGUAAAUCUGAGAUACGGAUAAUAAAAGCUAAGGAAACAAUACUUGAGGGGUAUGACGUAGGUGAAUUUCACAUGCAAUUUUCUUCCGUAUUGCCCUCAAAUAAUGAAAAAUCGAGAAUUCAAGCCAAUGCACUAUCAAAAAGUUGUGUAGUUGAAGAAAAGAUGUCAGGCAAGUGCCCAGCAGUUCUUUCGACUAAUCCAACUGAAUGCCAUAAACCGAUGAAAAAAGUAAAAGAUAUAGCCUCAGCUACAGAAAUUAGUGAUCAGUCUAAAAACAAUGAUAUUGUCCAGAGUAAUAUGAGCUGUGAAAAUGAUAGUUAUUCACGGGAAGACCCCGCAAAAAUCACUCGCUCUACUGGUCUGGAAGUAAAUCAUGGCAUGGAAGGAAAUGAUUUAGCUCCAUGCGAAGAUGCUGUCAAAAUGAAAGGUGAUACCGCGAGUCGGGUAGGCAAAAAGGAAAGAAGCAAUAAGCAGAAAAUUUCUGAUGAACAGGAUGUUGCUCAAGUACAAAAAUUUGUCGAUGAACUUGAAAUUCUUAAUGAGCAGAAAGUUGCUGAUAAGCAGACAAUCGCCGAUGAACAGGAAAAUGUUAAUAAGCAGAAAAUUUCUGAUGAGCAGGAAUUUGUUGAGAGGCAGAAGAUUACUAAUAGGCAGGAAAUUGCUCAUGAACAGAAAAUUGUUCAUGAUCGGGAAAUUGCCGAUGAGCAGAAAGUUGUUAAAACGAAUGAGAAAAUAGGAAUCGAAGUACAAAAAUCAGCUGAUGGGGAAGUGGAAAUAGCCAAACAUAAACCUUCGGAGUCGCCAAACGAAUGCCAUAUUGCAAUUGAAAAUGAAAAUACGAAUGCAAAGAACAGUGAAACUAAAGCAGCUGAAUCGUCCAAGUUAAACAAAAAUAACAGAGUGGAAAGUAAUGAAUCAAUCACGCAACGUGCAUCUAAAGACGACAAAUCGAAGGCAGUUAACGCCGAAAAUUCUGCCAUAAAUGUAAAUGUUAAUAGUAAGAAUAUUUCUGCGAUCGCUAAAUCUGAUUCAGACGUUCAAGCAGAUAGCAAGCAAAAGGGAGUGGAUGAAAAAAGGGCGGUUCUGAACGGCGGAAACUCACAAACUGGCAAUAAUCCUACAAAAAGUUCGGACAUUAGAGCUGAAAGCGAAUCUAAAAAGCUUCAAGACGAGUUGGCUUAUUUAUUUAGCAGCAAGGAAGCUAGAUAUUUAGACGAAAUACAAGCAAAGUCGACAAAAGCAUCUGCACCCAAAGCAGGUGAAGAACAUUUAAAGAAAAAUAAAGGUAGUGCAGCUGAUGAUAUUCACGAUCAAAACUCAGAAAAACAAACAAGAGAGCUUGUGAAAAGCAGAGAACUGUCCCUUGAACGCAAUGCGCUGCUAUAUAACAUGAAACGUGCGGAAAUCAUGAGCAAAUUCAAAAUACCCAAAAUUAGUGCCAAACGUAAAAGGGAAAAUAAUGACGAAGCUAACAAAGCAAACGCGAGUCUCGAAAAUGGAGCGGCGUCAGAAGAUGGCGUAACCAGAAAUCCGAAAACGAAUGACGGUGUGGAAGAACGAAUGGACCGGAACAAGAAGAAACCCAAAAAGGAAUACAAUUCUAUAACUCAAAAAAUGCUCUUAAAGAAAGAUGAAACGAAGGUUGUGGAAAUAAAUGCAAACGCAGAAAGAGAAUUGAUAGAUAAACGACUGCCGAACGGGCGAACGCCAGAGGAAGAACAAGCAUUGUCUGCAGAGCAAAUUCAAAGUGAACGCAUAAUAAAGGAAAUCGAUAAUUGGGCAAGGAGAACGGUGGGCGCAGCAUCAGAAAUGAUAGAAAAUACUAUAAAUGAAUCUGGGAAGCCGCAAGAUAGCGGAAGAGCAGAGCUGUUAACCACAAAAGGUAAAAGCAAAGUAGUUACAGCAUCAGUAACGCAGGAAGGGCAACAAAAAACCGAAAUAAACUCAACAUUCCCGGUUGUGCAAAAGUCUUCCAAAAUGAGUAUUGAAAAAUCGAUAACACCACCAAUUUUACCACCUCAGCUCUGCGAACAGCGCGAACGCGGGGAAAAAGAACAGUUAGCUAAUAUUACUGCAGUAAACGGCGGCGGCUUGGAAAAUGUGCCAAGCCAUUUACCAAAUAAGCGUUGUAAACACAACAGCUCAGCUGACAUGAAAGCAUCAGAUACAUUCAAUAACCAAAAGACUGAUAAACACAAACCUCCUAAAGAUAGUAAAUCACACCAAACACCUACCAAUAAAUCUGAAGUGAACUGUAAAGGGAGAACCAAACAUGUCGCGGGAGCCCAACAGCAACGAACAGGUCAAGCGAAUGAACUAUCAAUUUGCAGUGAAGAAGGGAGUGCUAAAUAUGGGAAAACGCAUGAUGGAGUGGACCAGAACGCAGUUGCCGACGGGGAAGCCAUUGCUCCAGGAGUAGGUGUUCAGGAUUUAUCAAAAAUGGUGGAAUCAAGCGAACGGGCAAGAAAAGAAAUGACAAAUGAAUCACAAGCUCUAAAAAUAAAAAAGACUGAAAGUGGAAACAAAACUGGUAAUGAGAUAAAUCAGGCAUGUGAGCAGUUAGAGUGCAAAUCCAAAAUUCAACAUUCAACAGGGAAAGUAAGCUCAACUUCACAAGCAGAUUCGAAACAAGUUGCAACCGAUAUACCGAAUAACAAUUCGAAAUGUAGUUUUGCAGACAAGCCAACGGAAAAUCACAAUUCUCACAAAGAAAAGGUUAGAAAUACUGCGGUUGAAAAGAAACGAGACACAGACAAGCAGCUUAGUUAUGCGGCAGAAGAACCAAUGGCAGCAGACAGUCAUGAGAAAUGCACAAAAACUACAGAGAAUAUGAAAACAAUAGAGAACGUGCAGAAACUGUCUAACAAAGAAAUCUCUGCAACGAGAGAGGCAACUGAAAGUUUGCCUAACCGCUCGACGAACGUAGUUCCAAGUUUUAGUAAUACAAUUAUAGAUCGUCCCAAUGCAGUAGAAACGGGUGUACAUCCUGGAAGUGAAUAUAAACACUCCAAACCGUCGAAAAGGCACAGCUCGGAUGUGCGCACGAAUGAUGAGUGCGAAGUAAUUUCUAAGCCGCAUAAACGUAAACGCUGCCAAUUGCGCAUUGAGGAUAGCGAAGAGGAGGACGCGUGCAAAACAGAAUGUGCCACAACAAUUUUACCAACACCAGAGCCACAAGAAGUUAGCGCAACGGAUUCACAAGAUAUCGAUAUACUCGAUAUACUGCAGAACGACAGAGUCAAUGAAUCGAAUGCCACAUUGCCCGCGCCAGAAACACCGUCAGCAUUACCGGCCAAUAUCAGCCAGGAUGAACAGUAUAAGGAGAUCGAUUCGCGUUUGGAACAGAUGUUCGCAUCACCCAAAGUGACGGACAAAACCGCUAGCGCACCGCAAGUGCGCACAUUUCCGCAACCAAAUGCUGAUAUUGGAAAAUUAAAAGGCUUUCAGUCAGUGCAGCCGCAUUCGGAUGAUAAAUCUGCACUUGAAACGUCAGCGACCAUGCCGGGCGCGCUUGAAACUGAAAAAGCAGCUUCGGCGAGUGCAACGCGUUCCCUUGACUUUAAUGUAUCCGAUAGUUUGCUCAGUGAUAUCAGCUGCACUGCGCUGCAAGUGUCCGACUCAAAUGUUACUAUCGAUGAAACGAAUCACAGCGCCAUGAGUAUGAACUCAACGCUCAGUGACGGCAAUUUGAGCACGAAACACAUAUCGCUUGGUUCGAGUGAUUAUCGUUUCGAAAAGAUUUCGGAUAAUGUCGUGAAUUUAUUUAUAACGCGCAAACGUCGUGGCAAGCGAAAGGAAAUGAUUGAGGCAGUAACAACAACAACCAUACCAACAAAUACUGUAAAAAAAACAUAGCUUGUAAUUUUUGGUUAAGUACAAGAUAAAUAUAUUCUGAUAUAUUUAUAAAACCAUUGUAUAUUUGUGGGGUUGAAUUCAUUUGCGCAUGUACUUAUUAACGUAUUUAGUAUGUAUUUACAAUAUUUGUAAGAUAACAACUGUGAAGUAUUCAACACAAUAACAAUAACAAGAAAUGAGAGUAUUUUUUUCGUUGCCUUUAA